AUGGCAACUAAAUUAUUUGAAUCAAAAAAACGAUGUCUUCUAAUUGGUUUGUUUUCGGGAAUAUUUAUUACAACAUUAUUACCCAAAUUAAUAAAUAAAAAUAAAUGGGAGACCAACAAACAACAGACUGUUCGAGUGAAUGAGAAAAAUGAACAUAUCUUUGCUGAAUAUUCUCAAUGGCCACCAUUUCUAACGGAUUCAACAUUUGAUUUAACUGCAUGGCGUAAACAUUGUUGGGUAAAUCAAGUGUCGUUACCUACUCAAGAUCCACAGUUAUAUUAUAAAAAAAAUUAUACCUCAUAUCCGGUUUGUAAAGAUGUGAUAAGUUUAAUUAAUUCGAUUUAUAAUAUGAAAACAAAUAUUGCUAAAGUAAAAUAUCCUGAAUUAUUUGCUCAAAAAAUUAGAAAAAUAUUUAAUUAUAAUAAUACAUUAUAUGCUAAAGCACUUGAACAGGAACUUUAUUUUGUUGUAAACAAAUAUUCAUUUGAACAUACAGUUUAUAAUCCACUUCGUGGUCGUCGUCCUGUUCAACCACCUGAAGUAUCUGUUGAACAAUAUGAGACAAUGGAAAAAACAUCUAAAAACUGUGAUUUAUGUAAUUAUCAAAAUAUGACAGCAAUGGAUAGUCUUGGUCGAAUGGAAAAUCAACAUGCAUAUUCAGCAGCUAAUGCAUUUAAAUUUGAUCAAUGGCAUUCAAUGUUUAUGCCCAAACAACAUGAUAUUACAAAAUUAACAUAUGAAGAAUUAAAAGAUGUUUUUACAUUAGCUUGGAAAUGGUUUCAAGCAGCUCAUAAACAAUCACCAUCACAUCGUUUUCCUACUCUUCUUUGGGAUAGUUUACCACAUGGUGGUGCUUCACAAGUACAUCCACAUAUUCAUGCAACAUUGCAUUCAGAUCAUUAUUAUGGUCAAUUUGAAUCAAUACGGUUUGCAUCUGAACGAUACUAUCGUGAAUAUGAAAAUGUUACUACACAUAGACAAAAAAAUUAUUUUCGUGCAAUACAAGAUAUUCAUAUGGCAUUCAAUUUAACAAUAUCAUUCAAUGGUGUUACAGUUCUUAUACCUAUUACGUCACAUAAAGAAUAUGAUAUAAUUGUCUUAGCAGAAAAUUUCGAUGAACGAUUUAUUAAAGUAAUUUAUCAAGUAAUUCAAGGUUAUUUUAAUAAAUUAAAACAAUUUAGUUUUUCUUCAUGCAUAUAUUUACCACCAUUAUCACCAAAUCAAGAUGAUAGUGGUUUAACUCCUGUUUAUUAUCGUAUUGUACCUCGUGGUCAAAUAUCUAGUCUAUUAUCGGAAGUUUCAAGUCUUGAUUUACUGUCCAUAUAUAAUGUUAAUAAACUUCCGGCAGAUCUAUUUGCAGAGAUAGUAACUUGGUUUAAAAGAAUAUAA